AUGCUUGUCCAUUACUGCAACUGUACUUACAACACGGCUGUUGCUUUCAGUCCAUCUGUGUUCUCACAGAACACCGCCUGCUCAAAUUGCGGCUCUAUUUCAACCGAUAUCGACGUGCGAUCAAAGGUCGAAGCACAAGCCAACAUGCAGCACGACGAGCUUGCGCAGCUGUUCGCAGCUAAUAUGCACCUGUCUCAGAAUGCACCACAGCAGAGUCAGCAGACACAGCCUGUACCAGUGCCGCAGCAGGCAGAGCAGGAGGCGACCAAGGCGAUAGUGUAUGCUUCAAGCCACUACACGCACUCACAUCAUGUUGUGCCAACCCGGAGUGCUUCUGAGCCUCCAGUAAGGACAAACAUUGAGCUGUCGGAGCUGGGAGCGAUCCUCGUACGCAAUAGCAUCAACCCUGAGUUGUUGUUUCCGUCCCAAGUUGAGCUGUUCCAGAACGCAGACGACGACCAGCGAUUAAGGCUGCUCGAGCUGUGGCGCAUCUCACCACCACAGGGCCGACAAGGAUACCCAGAAGGGUCAGACUACAAUAUGUCGAGGCAACUGUACGACUGGCCACCCACGAGCCUGAGUCAGGAGGAGGCCAUGGCAAAGCUGCGGUACGAGAAGGCUCAGCAGGAAGAGCAGAAGGCUCGCGAGCUCAGCGCGUCACCGCAGGUUGCCGAGCCGUACAUGAUGUCGGGCUACGACAUGCUCGCAAAGCGCGAGUACGAGCAGUCGGGCAAGGAGGCGAGCUACAACCAGGCCACGGAUCCCGUGUACAACAGCAGCAGCAGCAGCAGUAGCAACGGCCUGUGGCAGAACAAGGUCGGUAACAUGUCGGACAUGGAGAACAACUACGGCGCGUAUGCGUAUGCGCGAGAGUACGGGUUCCAGCAGCCACUGUACGCCGACGAGGAGAUGGUCAUGUGA